AUGGGUCUCUAUUUAACUUUUCUUCAAAGUGAUAUAGUGACAAUCAAUCGUCUUAUAAAAACUGAUAAAUUCGAUUCAUAUCUGGUAUAUGUUCUAUUUGUAUUUAUUGGCUUGGGUUUUGUUUCAUUAAUGUUAGCAUUUUUUUCAAUUUAUGGUGUAAUUAAACGAAAUAGAUCUUUAUCUUUAUUCGUUACAGCUCUAUGGGCAUUUUCAUUUAUUCUUAAUCUUAUCAUGUUAGCUAUAUCAAUUCUCUAUUAUUAUUUUGUAUUUUCCCAAUUACGCUCGUUACUUGUUCAUUCUUUUCAACAAUCACCAGCAGCAACAGCAAGUUUACUUGAUUCUUUUCAAUUAAAAUAUAAAUGUUGUGGAAUUGAUAACAAAGAUGAUUACAAUUCAAUCUCAUCUGAUUCAUUUCCUUCAUCUUGUUGUCAAGAACCGAAUUGUUUACAUACCAAAGAUGUUAAUAAUAAUAGUACUAGCUUAGCGAAUAGCAAAUCAUUGCUGCAUACAAAUGGUUGUUAUCCAAUAGUUAAAAAAUAUCUUACUAUUGAAUUAUUAUUACUUAUGGGUGUUACAGGUCUUUGUGCUUUAUUACAUUUUCUAGCAAUUAUAUUAUUAUGUAUUUUAAAUCAACGUUACAAAAAAUUUGAUGAUAUUCCUAAAAUAAUGAUACAUCAUCUUGCUAAUGGAGUCCCGAUUAAUAGCAACAAUUAUGUACAAAACGUAUCGAAAACUAUUCAUGAACCAGUUGAAAUAACUCAAAUUUAA